AUCAAGAGCAAGAGACUACCAAACGUGUGCGAGCUGCGGGCUCCUCCGUUUUACCGGUCGUCGUCGUCUCCGAUGAUAAGCAGCAGCAGCGGCGCUGGGAGUGGUGGAGGUGGAAGAGCACUGGAAGAAUCAACCUAACCUAACACAAGUGAGCUUCCAGGUUGGGGAGAGGAGAGAAAACCCACAGGAGGAGUUCCAAAACUUCCAAGAUAGUACCCACUUGUGCCGCCUCCGUUUCCCCUCCCUCUUUUGGCAAGAAAGAUGGGAUUUUUUGGAGCGUUAGGAUCGCCCUUGUUCGUCUGAUUCUUGUGCUGUGUGGAGGUCCCCUUGGCUGUGAUCCAAAGUUCUUGGGGUUUUUUGUUUCUCCUCCUCCGUGAGCUGCUUGGGUUUCUUGUGUUUGAGCUGGUCAGUGAUCUUGAGGGAAGGAGGAACAGCACGGUUCCAAAAUCUCCGUCUUAGCCUUGUUCCGGUUGCAGCGGCAGAUGGUUUUUACGGAGAAAUCUGAGAGCUUUCCGUAGUUUUAUGUUCCAGGCAGCCAACGUGGUGUUCUUGUAAACGGUAAAGUCUCAAGUGGUGAGGAGAAGGGGAAGAACAAAUCUUGGCGCAUAUGUCUGCAAUCUGAAGACGUGAUAUUUUGCAUCAACAAGGGUUGAAUCUGCCGGAUUGGCGCAGUAUUGGAGUUCUUGUACUGAAAAAACAGCAUUUUGUUGGAUUUUGGGAUGGAGAGGCAGUCCAGCAUCCGACUCGGUGCUCUAGAGAAGUUGAAGAGCUUCAGGGGGAUAGAGAAGCAGAGAAGCUUCAAGUUCUUGUCCAUGGAGAAGCAACAAAGCUUCAAGAGGAACAAGGACAGUCCUGGGAAGAGGGGUGACACUGAACUCCACCUUGCGGCGAGGGCUGGCAGUGUUCCCCAUGUUCAGAAGAUCUUCGCCGACAGUGAUCCAGAGCUGGUGGGGGAAUUGGCUGCUCGUCAGAACCAGGAUGGUGAAACUGCGUUGUAUGUGUCGGCUGAGAAGGGGCACACGGAGGUUGUGAGUGAGAUACUCAAGUUCUGUGAUUUGCAGUCAGCGGGGAUCAAGGCCACUAACAGUUUCGAUGCAUUCCAUAUUGCAGCAAAGCAGGGCCAUCUGGAUGUUUUGAAGGAGCUGUUACAAGCAUUUCCAGCAUUAGCGAUGACAACAAAUUCCGUAAAUGCCACAGCUUUGGAUACUGCUGCCACUCAGGGCCACAUUGAUAUUGUCAAUCUUCUGCUGGAAACAGACGCAAGCCUAGCCAGAAUUGCUAGAAAUAAUGGCAAAACAGUUCUGCAUUCAGCAGCAAGAAUGGGUCAUGUGGAGGUGGUAACAGCAUUGUUAAAUAAGGAUCCAGGGAUUGGUUUUAGAACAGAUAAGAAAGGACAAACAGCACUACACAUGGCUUCGAAAGGCCAAAAUGCUGAUAUUCUGCUUGAGUUGUUGAAGCCUGAUCUCUCAGUUAUCCACUUGGAAGAUAACAAAGGCAACAGACCAUUGCAUGUUGCAACUCGGAAGGGUAACACCAUUAUGGUUCAGACUCUAAUAUCAGUUGAAGGGAUCGUAAUCAAUGCAGUUAAUAGAGCAGGGGAGACUGCUUUUGCUAUUGCAGAGAAACUAGGUAAUGAAGAACUUUCUAACCUCCUGAGAGAGGUUGGUGGUGAAACUGCAAAAGAGAAAGUAAACCCUCCGAAUUCAGCAAAGCAGCUUAAGAAGACAGUUAGCGACAUCAGACACGACGUCCAAUCUGGCAUCAAGCAAACACGUCAGACCAAGAUGCAAUUCCAAAAAAUCAAGAAGAGGAUUCAAAAGCUUCACAUUGGUGGACUAAACAAUGCCAUCAAUUCCAAUACUGUUGUUGCAGUGCUUAUUGCCACAGUUGCCUUUGCAGCCAUAUUUACUAUUCCUGGUAAUUUUCUGGAGGAUCUGAAACAGGCACCUGAUCCUGACAUGACCUUAGGGCAAGCAUUGGUAGCAAGCAACCCAGCAUUUAUAAUCUUUUUGGUGUUUGAUGCCUUGGCUCUUUUUAUCUCGCUUGCCGUCGUCGUUGUGCAGACCUCUCUAAUUGUUGUCGAGCAGAAAGCCAAGAAAAAGAUGGUCUUUGUGAUGAACAAGCUGAUGUGGCUCGCGUGCCUUUUCAUCUCAGCAGCCUUCAUUGCACUAACAUAUGUUGUCGUGGGCCGUGAUGAUCGGUGGCUAGCUUGGUGUACAAUGGCAAUCGGCACUGCAAUCAUGCUGGCCACUAUUGGGUCUAUGUGCUACUGCAUUAUUGCUCACAGGAUGGAAGAGAAGAACAUGAAGAAGCUCAGGAGGUCCUCCACCAGCCAGUCAUGGUCUAUAUCAGUCGAAUCGGAUACAGAGCUUCUGAACAAUGAAUACAAGAAGAUAUAUGCACUGUAGGAGAACAAUAGAACUUGUAGUCGAGUCUUGUAUAUAUCGAAGCCCGUUUGCCUGAGGACACUGCAAUGGCAUUCAGCGGAGUUGACUCGCAGAGUACAUUUAGGCCUAGAACAUGGCUUGCUUUGUGCAACUGAAGCUUUCCUUGUGUAAAAGGAGCCAUCCAUCUCAUUGCAUUUGCUACCAGGUGAAUGGUGAUACUUGAAGCAGCCAUUUUUUGUAGGCAUCAUAGGAGUAUUGGUAAAGCAGAAUGUGCUCUUGAUGCUCACCAAUGUGUAUCUGUGGAUGAUGAUGAAAACCAUACAAUUAAUACUAGUAUACAUAGUGGAAUAAAUUGUCAUUUCUGUCAAA